UCACUAUUUCACGAGUGUCCAUAUCUUUUUUUCGGAUAACAACCACGGGAAUUGUGGAAUUUAGUAUUUACUAUUUAGUAUUUACACUUUUUAGAUGUCUCAUGCAUGUGCUCGUAAUAACUAAUGCGAUCAACGAGAAGUUAAGAAAUUAGAAGUAUAGAGAGCUUAUUCUUUAUAACAUAUCAAAUAUAUCAAUUGUUAAUCAUGAAUUUUCAAAAUUUAAAUUUAUCAAAAUUCUUGUGCGAUCAGCUUAAUGCGGUUGAAAAGUUGCAUUAUCUCUGUGUAAAGUGCAUUUAAUAAUAUAUAAAAGUAUAUUCCCAACAUAGAUUGUUGUCAAUCUUAUUCGAAAUGACUUCGAUGUACACUGAAAAAUGCUGGACAUCAAAUCUAUCUCUUUUAAGAACAUAUUCCUUUCCCUAUUAUUUAUUGUAAUAUGCGUCAAAUCACCGACUGAAAUUCAAAAAAAUUGUAUACCAAAAAUAUUGGAUGGAAUUGACUGUAUAGGUUGUGCUAAAACUGGAAGUGGUAAAACGUUAGCUUUUGCUUUGCCUAUUCUUCAAAAACUUUGGGAAGAGCCUUAUGGAAUAUUUGCUCUUAUUCUUACACCUACUAGAGAACUAGCUUAUCAAAUUGCAGAUCAAUUUGCUGUAAUUGGUAAACCUAAGAAUCUCAGACAUUGUGUAGUUACAGGUGGAAUGGAAAUGAUAGUUCAAGCACGGGAAUUAUCGAAUAAGCCCCAUAUAGUGGUUGCAACACCUGGAAGACUUGCCGAUCAUUUGGAAAGCUGUGAUACAUUUUCAUUGAAACGUAUUCAAUUUCUAGUAUUAGAUGAAGCAGAUAGAUUAUUAGGUGGUAAAUUUGAUAAACAAAUUACUACUAUUUUUAAUGCUCUUCCAAAAGAAAGACAAACUUUAUUAUUUAGUGCCACCAUGACCGAUACUCUCGAAAAAGUUAAAAUGAUAACAAAAAAAAAUACUUUUGUGUAUGAAUCAACUGCUGAAGUUAAAACAGUUGAUGAACUAGAACAAUUUUAUGUGCUUUGUCCAUAUAAUGUAAAGGAUGGAUAUUUAGUAGAAAUAGUUAGAAAUUUCCGUGAAAAAGAUGAAAAGGGACUGAUUAUGAUAUUCACUGAUACAUGCAAAAACUGUCAGUUGCUGCAUAUGACAUUAAAUGAAGUUGGAUUUGACACAGUGUCACUUCAUGCAAUGAUAUCUCAACGUCAAAGAUUAGCAGGGCUAGCAAAAUUCAAAUCUCAUGUUUCCAAAAUUUUAAUUGCCACUGAUGUUGCCAGUCGUGGUCUUGAUAUUCCUGCAGUGUCAUUAGUAAUAAAUCAUAUAAUUCCAAACAAUGCUACUGAUUAUGUUCAUAGAGUUGGAAGAACUGCAAGAGCAGGAAGACAAGGUCGUGCUGUAUCUAUUGUUACCCAACAUGAUAUAAAAUUAGUUAAAGCAAUUGAACAGAAAAUUAAUAUUCGAUUAAAAGAAUAUGAUGUUUCAGGACUACAUGUUGCCAAAAUUUUGACUCAAGUACAUGUUACAAAAAGAGAAGCACAGAUAAAAUUAGAUGAAACUGAUUUUGAUGAACGACGUUUAAUUAACAAAAGAAAAAAAUUAAUAAAUGAAGGCAAAGAUCCAGACAAAGUAGAACAAGAAAUCAAACGUAAAAGAAAAGAAAAAAAUCGACAACGAUAUGAAAGAAAAAAUUUAAUUAAUAAAAACUGUGACAAAAUUGGUAUUAAUAGUGAACAAGAUACAGAUGAUCAUUUUAAUAAUGUUGAAAAAUGUGAAUAAAUAUAAUAUAUAAUUUUA